CUGCACAUCCCUAUCCCCUCUACUCCGAUCCCCCGCUCGCCGCCUUCGCAUCCGGCACAACCCCCACCUCGUCUUCUCCCCCUCUAAACCCACGCCUCUUCCCCCGCCGCCAUGGCCAUGCGGGUGGUGCGGGACCUGGACCUGGAGCGGUACGCGGGGCGGUGGUACGAGAUCGCGUGCUUCCCGUCCACGUUCCAGCCCAAGACGGGCACCAACACGCGCGCCACCUACACGCUCAACCCGGACGGCACCGUCAAGGUGCUCAACGAGACGUGGACCGACGGCCGCCGCGGCCACAUCGAGGGCACCGCCUGGCGCGCCGACCCGGCCAGCGACGAGGCCAAGCUCAAGGUCCGCUUCUACGUGCCGCCCUUCCUCCCCAUCAUCCCCGUCACCGGCGACUACUGGGUGCUCCACAUCGACGGCGACUACCAGUACGCGCUCGUCGGACAGCCUUCCAGGAAGUACCUCUGGAUCCUGUGCAGGCAGCCGCACAUGGACGAGGCCGUGUACAACGAGCUGGUGGAGCGGGCCAAGGAGGAAGGAUACGACGUGUCCAAGCUCCGCAAGACGGCGCACCCCGACCCGCCGCCGGAGAGCGAGGAGAGCCCCAGGGACGGCGGGAUGUGGUGGAUCAAGUCCAUCUUUGGCAAGUAGUGCAUGGGUGCUGCCCGCUGCGGCGCCGACCAGGCGGCGAGAUGGCCGUGACGGUGUUCAGAAUCAGAGUCCGGUGUUACCACUAGUUACUGCCGUCGUUUACGGUUUACCGCGUGUACAUUCAGUACUGUACAUCAGGAUCGAGUUCGUUCGUCGUCGUCGCUGCCGCCAUCUUGCAAAUGGCGAGCAUGUGUCUGUUAGGUUGGUGUUGCAGUUUGAAUUAAACUUGGGCUUGGAGUGGAUGCUUAAGAUUUGAAUACUACUAGCAUUUUGUGGUGA